UCAGGGCAAAGAGAAAGCGAGCGCGCAGAUCUUUCUGUACAUCAGUGGUUUUCCGCUAUCUGACUGCUGUCUGGUGUGAUAAGGAGAUAAAGCGGAAGGAAUAUGGUUCCAUCUCACGUCCCUCCGGCUGCAGCGCUGUCAUAACGGAGUUUUCGUGCGGGCGGCUGGGGCUUGUACUCGGUCCACCGAAUAACCAGGAUUCCUGCCUUUCCCGUUUAACACGGUAGUCAGUCAGCAGUAGCUGAGCGUCACGGGAACAGAUGGUGGAGGCGGUGGUAGAGUUUGACUAUGAGGCUCAACAGGAGGAUGAGUUGAGUCUGCGUGUCGGUGACAUCAUCGUCAAGGUAACCAAGGAUGACGGAGGGUGGUGGAAAGGAGAGAUAGACGGACGGAGGGGGCUGUUCCCAGACAACUUUGUCAGAGAGAUGAAGAAGGAGGUGAAGAGAGUGGCGGGUCCUAAAUCUGAUUUGUCCAAUGGCAGUACAAGCCUUGUACCUGAGCCUGACCUACGACCAGCCAGGAAAGGAGAUCAGAUCAGCCAGAGGAGGUGUAAGGCUUCCUUCAGCUAUGUUCCCCAGAACGAGGAUGAGUUAGAGCUGAAGAUAGGAGAUGUCAUCCACAUACUGGGGGAGGUGGAGGAGGGCUGGUGGGAGGGCAGUCUGAAGGGUAAGACAGGGAUGUUUCCCUCCAACUUCACCAGAGAGCUGGAGGACACGCCCCCUUCACGAGACACAUCCACUAGGUCAUCACAGGAGGAGCUACGCAGCAACAAGACCAGUAAAGACAGUCCAGGCAGCGAGAGUGACGGAGGAGAGAGUCGCUCUGACAGUGGAGAGAUUCAACCCAAGAAGGUUCGAGGGUUUGGGUUCGGUGACAUCUUUAAAGACCAGCCCAUCAGACUGGGACCUGCAUCUGGAGACAUGGAGGGAGGGAAGGCACAGGUUAGGAAAUCACCCUCUGUUUCCCUGGAAACCAUGAAGGCGGAACCUGAGGGCAUGGUGAAAGGCCGUGAGCUGUGUAAGGUCAUCUUCCCAUACGACGCCCAUAACGAAGACGAGCUGUCAAUGAAAGAGGGAGAGAUUGUCACCAUAAUCAACAGGGACUGUGCUGACGCGGGGUGGUGGAUGGGGGAGAUAGGGGGGAGAAAGGGAGUCUUCCCUGAUAACUUUGUCAAGUUGUUAAUACCUGAUGUGGAGAAAGAGAGACCAAAGAAGCCGCCUCCCCCCAGCGUCCCUUCGGGUAAACACACCACAGAGAAAAGGUCAGAGGUCAGGAAGGUACCCCCGGAGCGCCCAGAGCACGUGCCUCACAGACCACCUGACGACAACAAAGGUGAGGAGGUGAAGAAUGGAGAGAUCCCUAAGCCCGCCCUUCCGUCCAUCCCUCCAAAAAAGCCCCGCCCACCAAAGACAAGCUCCUCCCACCUCCCUCCCCGAGGCCCAGACAGACCUGAGAGACCUCCUUCUGUACCGUGUGAGAGCCCUACGUCUGAGAGUGGGACUCCAGAUCCUGCCUCUGACAUGUCAAAAGACGUUGAUGUGGUUUAUUUGGACUCGCUAGUCUUGUCUACAGAGAAACUAAGCCAUCCCACCGCAAUGCGACCAAGAGUCCUCGUCCGCAGACCACGCUCCCUGAUCAUCAGCACAUCUUCUCUGUCCAGUAUUGACCUGCUGGACUCUCCUCCGGUGGAGGAGCAGAGAAGGGGGAAGGACAGAGAAAAGGAGAAACUGCAGGACUCCUUGUGUCCUAGACCAGUAAAUGUCUCUAAGAGGAAAGCACUUCCCACCAUCACUGUACCUGACAGUAAGGGUGUGCUGACACCCAAGCCUGCUGUCCUUCACCCACCGUCGACAGAAAGCCUGGCCCUCCGCCCUAUAAGCCCCUCCCCUUCAUACGCAAAACCCACCUCUUCAUGUAUAAGCCCCUCCCCUGAGCCCAGGCCGAUGCCCACCCUGGAGGAGCUGAGGGGACAACUGAGAGAGCUGAGAGCCUCUGUAGAACUGCUGAAGAGCCAACACAGGCAGGAGAUGAAGCAGUUGUCCAGUGACCUGGACGAGGAGAAGAGUAUCCGCCUCACUAUGCAGAUGGAGGUGGAGAAGAUUAAGAGGAGUUUAUUUAAAUGACCUUUCACCCUCCCCGGCGCAUAUUGAUGACGUCACCUCACGCUGGAGCCAGAGUGUGAUGUCAUCCCGGGGCAGGGUUCAGAUGAACUAGUUUGUGCCAGAAAUCAACAUCAAUGACAGACGAUCCCAAUCCCCUCUUGUCUGUGUUGAAAAGGCUUGCUUAUUUUUUUGUUUCCUGCUAUCUGAUUGGAGUGUUCUGGAUCAAGGGCGUAGCCUCACUAGUACUCUGUCCGACACCACGCUACUCAAAACACCUGGAACACCUUCACCUGCUGUUUGUUUGUGUGUGUGUGUGUGUGUGUGUGUGUGUGUGUGUGUGUGUGUGUGUGUGUGUGUGUGUGUGUGUGUGUGUGUGUGUGUGUGUCAGCAUACAAUGUUUCUAUGGCAACCCCACACUGUGGCCUUCCUUCCUGUUUUAGAUGUCUUUCUUUCUGAUGACAUAAAGACCGUUUCUGAUGACAUAAAGACCGUUUCUGAUGACAUAAAGACCAUUUCUGAUGACAUAAAGACCAUUUCUGAUGACAUAAAGACCGUUUCUGAUGACAUAAAGACCGUUUCUGAUGACAUAAAGACCGUUUCUGAUGACAUAAAGACCAUUUCUGAUGACAAAGACCAUUUCUGAUGACAUAAAGACCAUUUCUGAUGACAUAAAGACCGUUUCUGAUGACAUAAAGACAGUUUCUGAUGACAUAAAGACAGUUUCUGGACUUCAUAUCUCCAGGAAAGUGAAAUAGACUUUUAUAUUCCAGUGUUCUAAAGAUGAAGAUUAUGGAUGUGUGCCGAUUUUAAUAAAAGUUUAAAAAA